AGGGACUCGUCGGGGAACACCCGCGAGAGGAGAGGAGGACGGGCGGACGGACAGACGGUGUGCAGAAGGUAAACGGAGGAAGAGGGAGCGAAAAGAGCCGCGCAGGCGCCGGCCUAACGUGGAGAACGCUCGACGUCCGCGUGGCACGAGUUAGAACUUGACUUGGUGCUUUUAGUCUUGGCCCGUCCCUUCGUCCAUCCUCGUCCUUGCCGGGCAAGAGAUAGAGAGAGAGAGAGAGAGAGAGAGGUAGACAGACAGAAAGCAGCCCCUACGACGGGACUCUGCGAAACCAGUAUCCCGUUGAAGCCGGCUGAUAGAAGAAAAGUAUGCUUCCGGAGUCCCGACCGGUCUCAGGAAGAAGGACGCGAGGAGGAGCCUGCACGAGCCGCCGAUCGAACUGGCGCACCGUUCACCAGCGAACGCAAAGAGCACCGCGAUGAAGAGGACCACGUGUCGCCUCCACGUGCCUUCCGCGGAUUCGCAGCAACGCGACUCCGCGACGUCGAAGUGAGAGCUCGUCCCCCGCGAAGACAGCGAAGGCUCGACUCUAACUCUGCGACACGCGAACUGUUCUCUGGACUGAUACCGUUGUCUGUAUCCCGAGAGAGUCCCGAAGCCGAAGGAUGGAACUCCCAAGCGGAGAAUAAUUCACGUGAACCAUUACCAAACGCGGCAUUGUGAGAAUUCAGCAUUCCGCGUCGAGGGGAAGCCGGAAAAAUACGCCCGUUACCGAGCAGCUCGAUCAAUGUGGCCGAUCGCGGCACGUCGCAGGAGAUCUUGUCGCGUCGGGAGACAGCGACGAUGAACGGUGCCCGCGUGUCGAAGAGGAACAGCCGCGCUCAGCGCCGUUGGCGCAUCCUGGCUCGGGCGCUGACCGGCUCGCCGACCGGCAGCGACUCCGAGGAGGAGGUGUCGGUGCGACGGUUCACCAGCUUCGGCCUGCUCAAAUGCACUUUGCUGGAGAACACACUAGCGGACGGCGAGUCCAGCUGGUGUGAGUACUCGGCCGAGUUGGAGGACGCUCGGCCAUAUGACGUGCAGAUUCGCCGGGUGAGCAAGUGCUUCACGGCGAGCGAGCUGAUCGGCUUCAACAACACCGGCAACGUGUGCGUCUGGCCGUCCGAGGAGUGCCUGGCCUACUAUUUGCUGAGGAACCGCGGCCUUUGCCGGAACCGGAGCGUCCUUGAACUCGGCGGCGGCAUGAGCUGCUUGGCCGGCGUCCUCGCGGCCAAGUAUUGCAGUCCCAGCGCCGUCACGCUCACGGACGGCAACGUGACCAGCGUGGACAACGUGCGCUGCAUCGUCGCCAGGAACGACAUGACGAACCUGGUGGAGUGCGGCGUCGUGCAGUGGGCUCGGGCCGCCAGGGCGCUCAGGCAGGCGGCGGUCAAUGGUAAUCGCGUUAAGACCCGGACGGCUGACGGCGACGAAGACAUACGACUGCCGUCGAGCCUCUACGACGUGAUCCUCAGCGCCGAUUGCCUCUUCUUCGACGACGCGCGAUUGGACCUGGUGGAGACCAUCUACGGUUGGCUGGCCGACGACGGGAUCGCUCUGGUGAUGGCGCCCAGACGCGGCACGACAUUCCAGAAGUUCGCCGAAGCAUCCAUCAAACGCGGCUUCAUAGCGCGGCAGACGGAACGAUACGACGACACGGUUUGGUCGAGGCAUCUGCAGCUGCUGCAGAACAAUUCGGAGUACUGCCCGGAUCUGCACUAUCCGGUGCUGCUGGAGCUUACCAAGCAGAAGAAGACGCCGCCCGGAUGAUCGGCUUCGGUCGAAGACGACGAAGACGAUCAGCCGGAUGAGAGCGUCAGCGACGAGGGAUGAGAGAACUUGUUCGCGACAGUUUCCGGCUUGCUGGCUGAAUUGUGCGCACUCUUAGUCGCCGCUCAUAGUAGAAAUUGUGCUACGAGGAUGAAUGUACUCCUCUUUCCGAGCGGAGACCUACGUUGCGCUCGCUGUACGUGGAGCUGUGCACAACUACAUCUAUAUUGUCAAAGCAAUGUCAAGGCCAACUUUUUACUCGUCCUAUUAAGCGUUUAGCGUUCAUGUGCAUCCGCGGAUCGAUCUGCCUGCCGCUCUUGUACGCAUCGUUCCACGUCGUCGCCGGUAUUGGAAAAGAGAGAGUCCGAAAGAGGGUUUUUAUAUUAUGCGCGACAAUUGAUCGAGUUUGAACGUGCCCGAUCCCUUCGUCUCAUUAAUUAACUCACGUGUUGAGUACACGUGGUAGAUACACUUAGAGAAAUGACUUAUUGGUAACAGCUGAAUCUCAUUAGCCAGGUCGAACUGUACUGUCAUUGCUGAAAAUUGGCUAUUAGAGGUAAAAUGCAUUUGCUGCGAAGUACAACUUUAUUGGUUGACAUUAUUAGCGUGAAUAGAGCUAAAAUUGGUUAACUGUGCUCUCUCUUUCUCUCUUGGUUAUAUUAUACUAUAUACAAGCAAUACGAAACACGUUUGUAUCAAUUGGUGAAGUGGUGUAGUACCUAAGGUGAUUGACUGACGAUCCAGAGGUCGCAGAUUUAAGUCCAUCAGUACUUAAGAGUAUUUUCUAGAUACGAUAUAGCACUAAAUCGAGUAAAUGGCUGAUUUUCAUGUAAAAUCAGUAGUAUAUCGGUAGUAUACUAUUUCGAGUAUACGCUUAACACCUUAACGAAGUUGUAAGGCUCAGUGUCGUCUCUUCAGUAUCAUCAAGUUGACCACUUAUAAAUUUAAUAUUUAUCGAAUAAAAUUACGUUUCUCUACAUUUACUUCACUAUCUAAACAAUAAAUGUUAAUUUGAGACACAAAGUUGAGGUAAAUAUAUAUACACAAUAUUACAAAUAAGAAAAUAU